AUGCGUCCUCUUUUCUCUUUCUCUUUUACUCUCUUUCUCCUUUCUCAUUCUUUCUCUAAAUCUUUCGAUCCUAUUUCCUCCAUCUUUUUAAAUCGUCAAUCUUUCUUUUUUUUUCUCUUUUUUCUUUCUUUCUCAUUCCUCUGUCUCUCACCCAUCUUUCUUUCCCUAUUUCCUCCUAUUUUUCUCAAUCUUUUUUCUCUUUUUAAAUUCCUCGAUCCACAUUUUUUUUUCUCUUUUCUUUUUUUCUCUUUUUCUUUUUCACUCUCUUUUUCUCACUUUCCUCAUUCUCUGUCUCUCACCCACAUCUUUCUUUCCCUAUUUUUCUCCAUCUUUUCUCUAAAUCUUUUCACUUUCGAUCCACUCUUUUUUCUUUUUCUCUUUCUCCUCUUUUUUUCUCUCUUUCUCAUUCCUCUGUCUCUCCACCCACAUCUUUCUUUCCUAUUUCCUCCAUCUUCUCUCUAA